AUGGCAGAGAGCGAGGUGGACACACCGAGCACCCCGAUAGAGUACGAGAGCAAAUACUUCGAGCAUCAUGGAGUUCGCCUUCCUCCUUUUUGUCGAGGGAAGAUGGACGAGAUCGCGAACUUCUCCCUCAGAAGUAGUGACAUAUGGAUCGUUACUUAUCCAAAAUCAGGUACGAGCCUGCUGCAGGAGGUAGUGUAUCUAGUGAGCCAGGGGGCGGACCCAGAUGAAAUUGGACUCAUGAAUAUUGAUGAGCAACUUCCAGUGUUGGAGUAUCCUCAGCCUGGUUUGGAUAUUAUACAGGAGCUGACAUCACCUCGCCUGAUCAAAAGUCACCUCCCGUAUCGCUUCCUCCCCACGGCCAUGCAUAAUGGCGAGGGCAAGGUUAUCUACAUGGCCAGGAAUCCUAAAGACCUGGUGGUCUCCUACUACCAGUUUCACCGCUCUUUAAGAACCAUGAGCUACCGUGGAACCUUUCAGGAGUUCUGUCGGCGCUUUAUGAAUGACAAGUUAGGAUAUGGCUCCUGGUUUGAGCAUGUGCAGGAAUUCUGGGAACACCGCAUGGACUCCAAUGUCCUCUUUCUAAAAUAUGAGGAUAUGUACAAGGACCUGGGAACACUGGUGGAACAGUUGGCACGGUUCCUGGGUAUCUCAUGUGAUAAGGCUCAGCUGGAGAGCAUGGUGGAGAGCUGCAAUCAGCUGAUUGAGCAGUGCUGUAACUCAGAGGCUCUGUCCAUCUGCAGGGGUCGCGUUGGCCUGUGGAAGGACAUCUUCACUGUGUCCAUGAAUGACAAGUUUGAUGCUGUGUACCGACAGAAGAUGGGGAAGUCGGAUCUUACCUUUGAUUUUGGUCUGUGA